AUGGGUAAGAUUACAAGAAGAACUAGAGAGGCGAAGAAGAAGCAAAGGCAGCCUAUUGUCAAGGUCUGUCUGAGCUAUCCCAUUAUUCCCCAGGUGGAGGAGGGUGAGGUGAUUGACAUAGUUCACGAGAGGAGCAGAGGGGCGCCCGUGGCGAUUAUAAGCUUUAAGGAGGACGAUUGCAUGGUUCCAGCUUCUGAGGGGAUGUACACCGGACAGAAGAUUCUCAUUGGGGAUGAUGCGCCGAUUGACAUAGGAAACAUCACAAAAAUCAAGAAUGUGCCUGAGGGAAUGGCAGUCAACUCUGUUGAAAGCGUGUAUGGAGAUGGAGGCACUUUUGCCAUGGUGAAUGGGAGCUAUUCUCUCGUGGUGAAUCACAGGAAGGAAACCAAUGAAACGGUGAUAAAGAUACCAUCUGGAAAGAAGCUGACUGUGAGCAGUGAGUGUAGGUGCAUUGUAGGUGUGGUUGCAGGAGGAGGUAUCCACGACAAGCCCCUUCUCAAGGCAUCUGUAGCUCACUACAAGGCAAAGGCCCGCGGCCAUGUCUUUCCAAGAGUCAGAGGUGUAGCAAUGAAUCCCGUUGAGCAUAUUCAUGGAGGAGGCAACCAUCAGCAUGUUGGCAAGCCCACCACCGUUUCGAAGAAGGAUAUUUCUCAAGAACAGAAGAUUGGUCUUGUUGGAGCUAGACGCACUGGAUAUAGGGUUGGGUCCAGGAAGCUUUAG